AUGCCGCCCCCGCCAUUGCCGUCACAGUCCUGCGCACCACAGCUGGAAUCAUUCCCUCGGAUCGUCGAGAGAGCACCAGGGAUGCCUCGAACCAACCCGCUCUCUGUUUCCGAGUUAAUUCACCGGGAAGCCACAGGCACAGAAGCCCCACCCACGCCACGCCCCCAUGCCCCCACAGCUGCUGGUGACCGUGUCCCCUCACUCGCGAGCGAGUUCAUGGACACCCUGAAGCUGCGCGAGAGGGUCUCAGACGCCAACAUGCCCACGUUCCUCCGCGAGCUGAACCACCAGCUGUCCCUUACCGGCCUCCUCCGCGAGGCCCGCGAGCACAUCUGCGGCACCCUCGACCAGACGGAGCACCAGCGCGACGUCUUCGCCACGCAGACAACGAGCAUGCUCAAGAUGGACGGCGCCGCCCGCGACAUGCGCGAGGUCGUCGCGCGGGCCGUCGUCGGCAUGGGCCGGCGCGACCUCGCCGGGUUCGAGUACGAGCUCGUCCACAUGCUCGACGGCGGCCUGCACGCGCCCACGAGCCCCUACCGCGAGGCCCUCUGCUGCGCGGCCUACGCGGCGCGGUUCCCCGAGGACCAGCAGGCCGAGCUGAGGAGGCAGCUGAAGAGGAUGCCCCCGGCCGCGUUCCAGGGCCGUCAGCCGCACACGGGCACGAAGGGCGGCGGAGCCGGCGCGCAGCCGAGGGCCCACAACCUGCCGCCGCUGAGGGAGUGUGAGAAGCUCGGUGACAUCCGGCGAGCCGGGACGACGAACGUCAAAGUCCGGAAAGAGCAGGUCAGGCCUGCAAGUUAUAGCUUGAGGGAGUUCCCAAUAUUCCCAAGUCACUAA